UAUAGGGAAGUUUAUAUUUGAAGUAAACAAAGCAAGUUUUGCUUAAAAAAUUUCUUGAGAAUCAUAAAAACGGUUUUCAUGAUUUGUAAUCAAAUUUCCUGCUUGCAAAAUUUUUGAAGUUACAUGGUCGUAGUGAUUGGAGAUGAUCGUUUGAUAAAAAAUAUAAUCGAUUGCUUUUUUUGGUUACGCAUUUUCCUUUUGGGAAAAUCUUUACAAAAUUUUGAUUGAGUUACACAACAGACGACAUCGAAAAGAGGAGAAUUUAUUGUUGUUGUUUGUAAUCAUGAAUAUCACAUCAAUGGAGACCUUAGCAUUGUUGGAACUCUACAUACCCGAAUACGUUAAAACAAUUAAAUAUGUUCCAUGGGUAUUUUCUCUUAUUGGAUCAGCACUAAUUGGACUUAGUGGAAUUUUGCCAUUAAUUAUUAUUCCCUCAGAUGCAAUUGGGAAGAACAAAGAGAUAAUAAAUCCUGCUGAAUCAAAAUCACUCAAAACCUUACUCAGUUUUGCUGUUGGUGGACUUUUGGGUGAUGUUUUUCUUCACUUACUUCCUGAAACGUGGGAAUAUGACAUGAAAGAUCGAAAUUCAAAUGAUCACCCAUCAAUAAAAAGUGGAUUGUGGGUUCUAAGUGGCGUCCUGAUCUUCACAAUUGUUGAAAAGAUUUUCAGUGGUUAUACAAAUGCAGAUGAAAACAAUCCACAACCAAAAUGUGUUGAGAUUGCAAAUUGUUUAUUACGAAAAAGUGGUGGAAAAAUGCCCGAUGGAAAAAUUGGAGAAAGUUGUGCUCCAAACGGAUCAUGUGAUAUUGAAGACGUCCCUAACGGAUGUUUCCUUGCUGAAAAAGAUAAAAAAACACGCGAACAACCGAAGAAAGUGGCUGGAUAUUUAAAUCUUCUGGCAAAUUCAAUAGAUAACUUUACACAUGGACUUGCUGUCGCUGGAUCAUUUUUGGUAUCAUUCCGACAUGGAGUUUUGGCUACAUUUGCAAUUUUGCUUCAUGAAAUUCCUCAUGAAAUUGGUGACUUUGCGAUUUUACUCCGUGCAGGUUUCUCAAGAUGGGAUGCUGCAAAGGCACAACUUUUAACAGCAACGGCAGGAAUUCUUGGAGCAUUAGUUGCCAUUGGUGGAUCUGGAGUUACUUCAGCCAUGGAGGCAAGAACAUCGUGGAUAAUGCCAUUCACUGCUGGUGGUUUCCUUCAUAUUGCCCUUGUUACAGUUUUGCCAGAUCUGCUCGAAGAAGAAGAUCGAAUUGAAUCGUUAAAACAGUUUAGCGCUCUUAUUCUCGGUAUUAGUGUAAUGGGAGCACUCACUGUUAUGAUGGAGGAAGAUAACAGUUGGCGUAGUCAAUCAUUUCGUCAAUCGGUUGUUAAUAAAAUCAAUGAGGCCAUUAGCUCAUCAGAUUUAACACCGAAAAAGAACACGGUUGAUAUGGAGAAUCAUGUUUUCUCGAAAGCUAGAAAUAAAGAUGAAUAUUUAAGUUUUGUUGCUCGUCUUAUAAUUCACGUACGAGAGAUGAAUAACAAAAAUAAGAAUACUGAUGGUGGUAGUAACUCACAAUCGGGUAUUCAACAGGGACAAGGAGGUCAAGCUCAAGGAAAUACCGGCAUUCAAGAUCCCAUUAAUGCUUUGCAGAAUUUAGCAAGCCAAGGAACUCGAAAUGUUCAACCUCAAAUGAUGGGACAACAGCAACAAGGACCAGGAAUGAUGAUGGGUGGACAAAAUCAAGGAGUUAUGGGACAACAACAGGUCAAUAUGCCAAACCAAGGUCCAUCAAUGAUUCGACCUCAAAUGAACCAAAGCCAAGGAAAUAUUAUGCAACCUCAGAUGAACACAAUGAAUCAAAUGCAAAUGAAUCAAAUUGGACCUGGUGGUGGUCAAAUAAAAGGAAAUGUUAGUGGAAUAAAUCCUAUGAAUCAAAUGGUUCCGAAUCAAGUUAUGGGUGCUCAAACAGGCAACAUUAUGAAUCAAGGUGUUCCAAUGCAACCCGGAAAUCAAUCACAAAUAAAUCAAAUGAUGAAUCAAGCUCAGAUGAAUAAUUCUGGUGGGUUAAUGGUUGGUGCAAAUCAAAUGAAUAACUCUGGAAUGAUGGGUGUAAGAGGAAUGGCUCCAAAUCCUAUGAUGGCUGUCAUGAAUAGUGGACAACAACAACAGCAACAACAAAUGAUCAACAUGCAACAACAGGCAAUGCUGAGACCUGGCAAUCAAGGACCCGGUCCAUUUCCGCAAGUUCGACCUCAAAAUCCUCCGAAUUUCUUACGUCAAUCACCUUCUCCAAUGUCAGUUCCAUCACCAAUUGGAUUGUCUCAAUCGCAACAUAAUUCUAUGGUUGCUAGUCCAGCAAUGGUUCCAUCACCACAAGCGCCCAUGUCAAAUCAGCCACGUGUUGGUAUGCAAAAUAUUAUGGCGCCAUCACCGAGUGGCAACAUGAAUACACCAGGACAACCACAAGGAAGCGACUAUGCACAAAGUCCAAUGAAUCCACAUGAUGAUCAGAUAUACCGUGAGAAAUACAACCAAUUGACAAAAUAUAAAGAACCGUUGAAGAAAGUUAUUUCGAGAGUUGGUCCAGAAAACAAUUCAGAAAAGUUAACAAAGUUGAAAAAAUUAUUGGAAAUUUUGUCGAAUCCUGAAGCUCGGAUUCCACUUGAAACACUUGUAAAAUGCGAGAUUGUGUUAGUUAAUCAGUUUGGGACUUUGAAAGAUCCAGGACCGACAAGCAUCAAUAAUCCACUAUAUGAUGCGAUUUCCAACAAUCUUCAGAAUCCUCUCGCGACUCAUACAAUUCAACGAAUAUUUAAACCGAGUUUGGAAGCUUGGUUCGGCCCCGACAUUAAGAAUCUUCCACCGGCAAAGAAACGUCGACUAUCAUCUGAUGAUCAAGUAGUCCCGAAUUCUAAUGAAAUUCCUCAUUUAUUACAAGGUGAAAUUGCUCGUUUAGAUUCGAAAUUCAAAAUAUCACUCGAUCAAACUGCUCAUACAACCGGUGCGAAAUCAAUUAAGUUGGUUUGUUGUUUGGAUGAUAAGUUACUUCCAUGUGUUCCACCAAUUCACAUCACCAUUCCAGAAGAUUACCCAAUAACAUCCCCGAUAACUCGAAUUACAGAACAUAACACACAGUUCUUGAUUGCUGUUGAGAAAGCUUUGAGAGCUCGCAUUUCUAAGCUACCGGAACGAUUCUCUUUAACUCAUGUCCUUGAAACUUGGACAUUGGCCAUCAGACAAGCUUGUAAUCCAUCAUCAACAUAUGUGGAACCAACUCAAACGUCUGUUUUAAUGGCUGUUUAA